AUGCUGAUACGGUAACACUGACAGUAACAAAGGUAUAUACCAAUUCCUCAUUCAUACUACUUCCCCUCCUUUUCUUUUCCCUUUUCAAUUAGAUCAACAUAUAUCUUGUGAUUGUGCGCAAAUCAAGCUAAAGAUCAAGCUCCGGAAGCUUAGCUUCUGCCUCAAGUCUAGUGUCCGGCGCACGGCACUCGCCCUUUUACCUCGUCCGAGUGAACAGGUUUUUUUUCCUUUUACCUUCUUGUCUCUCAAGUUGAACUUUAUAUCCAACGUUCUUUAAACCUGCAGGUCAUUGAUACAAUAAUUCAUUAGACCUUCUCGUUCUCAUACUGCAAACAGCCUGAUAUAUCACAAUGGCUUCCUACCUUCCCGGUGCCAUAACCAUACCCAUAACAAAAAGUACAGAUUACUUGAAGAGUGCAAUUGGUGGCUUGACUUGGGGUCCUGUCCUUUCUCUCUCAAAGACUGUUGUCACUUCAUUAUUCGGUCGAAUUGAGCGUGGUACACUACUUGUUACUGAUGUCGAAACUGGAACCACAACAUGUUACGGGGCGAAGAUUUCCAAAGAACCCAAGACCAACGGCGUCAAUGGCCAUUAUUCCUCGAGGAUAGCUGGUGCAGCAAGAAAGAUAGAAUUGAGGGUUAUCAAUCAAGCAUUUUGGGUGCGAUUAUUCUUAUUUGCUGACAUGGGCUUCGCGGAGGCGUAUAUGUUGGGAGAAGUUGAAUGUGAUGAUUUGACUGGAUUUUUUGAGGUAUGAUAAGUUUCUACUACUGGUGACUGGGUCUUAUACUAACUCCCUCUUGGUAGCUUUUUAUCCAAAAUCGCAAUCAACUCGCAAAUGCAACAACCCUAACCUCAUCUAUCGCCGCUACCAUCACAGGACUUGCCCGAAGUACGAAUACUCUCUCCAAUUCUCUCCUUAAUGUUUCCGCGCAUUACGAUAUUUCUAAUGAAAUGUUCGCCGCAUUUCUCUCGGAAGAUAUGACAUAUUCAUGUCCAAUAUGGAAACCCAUUUCUAGCACCUCUUUCGAGUUUGAAGAAGAAACUCUUGAAGAAGCACAGAAUACGAAACUCGAUCGAUUCAUAGAUGGAGCGCGAAUCAAAUCCACAGAUCACGUCUUAGAAAUCGGAACUGGAUGGGGCUCAUUUGCUAUCCGAGCCGUUCAACGAACAGGGUGUCGUGUGACAAGUUUAACAUUAUCGAUUGAACAAAAAGCUUUGGCUGAAAAGCGCAUAUAUGCAGCUGGUUUCGCGGACAGAAUCGAAGUGAAACUUAUGGAUUAUCGAGCCUUACCUAUCCCAAAACAACCUUAUGAUAAAAUAAUCUCAAUAGAGAUGCUUGAAGCUGUCGGGGCAGAAUAUCUCGAAACAUAUUUCUCCUGUAUUCAUCGACUAUUGAAACCCGAUGGAAUCGCUGUAUUCCAGUGCAUUACCAUGCCAGAAGGUCGAUACGAAGCAUACGCAAAGGGGGAGGAUUUUAUUAGAAAGUACAUCUUCCCAGGUGGACAUCUUCCUUCCAUUACUCAAUUAAUUGAUAAUAUUACCAAAGCCUCAGAAGGAACAUUGGUGGUAGAAAAGGUAGAAAACAUCGGAGGACACUAUGCGAAAACAUUACGAUUAUGGAAAGAAAAGUUCCUAACGAGUUUCGAAACGAGGAUUAGACCUGCGUUGAUGGCAGAACAUGAAGGGAUGGGUAAGAGAGAGGUUGAAGUGUUUAGAAAGAAGUGGGAGGUUCGUAUAACAUUUCCCUUGUAUAAACUUUGUUCCGAAGGUCACAUGCUAACACCGUCUCUCUCUCUUAUAAUAGUAUUAUUUCACAUAUUGCGAAGCGGGAUUCGCGACAAAGACACUAGGAGAUGCGAUAAUUACGGUUGGAAGAGAGGGAGCUUUGGAAUUGAUGCAUGGUAUACCCUUAUAAGCUUUGAGAUUUGCUUCAUAUUGCGGGUUAUUCUUAUUUUGAGCGCUUGGAGUCGAUGGAUGAAGGGGUAACAAACGAAUUUUCUCUUCUCGCUAUAUUUUCAAAAAGUCAUAGAAGGAUUUGAUUGAUGUUGCUUUAGA